AUGUACAACUUUGCACGCCCAGCAAAUCACAAAGUGGAAGUGGACGUCUACAUGACUGGCAUCCGUGAUUCCGCAGCUGCCGCUUGCUUGGCGCAGCAUGUUUUCGAUGCUGCGGAGGCCGCGGUGAAGGAGCGUGGCGGCAGUUGUCCCAUUGCCUUUCGGGUGCUGGCAUCGAAGCGACCAGCCAAAUCUGCGCCACGCCAUGAGAAGGAUACCUACAAACCAUAUCGAGAUGGUUCUGCCGGCUUCCCUCAAGCCAGCGAGCGAUCUUUAGCCUUCUGGGAAGACUUGCCGGAGGAGGCACGAAAGGCCGACUUGGUCGGUGUGAUCGCCCAGUUCUUCAACUUUGAGGUUGUGGCGGACACCACAAGUCUUUGUAAAGACAUGCUCGAUGUCAUUGUGCCCAAACCUGGAGGCAUCCUCAUCUUCCAGAGUGGCUUCAACACCCGCGUCCCGCUCCAUGCAGAGGACAUGGUUUGGGGCACUCUGUCCGAGAAGGUGGAGAGGGCCGGUGCCAAGAUGGCCCUCAUUAGCAAUGGCUUUAGCUUUGACAAGGCUUCCGGAAAGUCUGGCGUGAUACCGCCGGAUGGA